UUUCACUUCAUUUCUCAUGUCUCUCUGCGCGAAUCGUCAUCACAUCAGUCUAACAAACGCAGAAGUUGCACAUAAAGCCUCAUUGUUGCUAAAUAAAGUCGCGUUUCACCCCGUCAAAGGCGUACGCGUUUCUCCGUUUCGUUUUUUUCUCAGCGCGUCUAAAACACUUGGAAAAAUCUCCCGUUUUUUUUCUCUUUUCUUUCUUUUUUUGGAACUCGCUUCAUGUCUGUUUGCCAAGAGAAAACGUGUCGAGGAAAACAUCGUUCUUCAAGAGCCAAAGAGAAGCUCUGAGGAGCUUUACAUCAGAUCUGCAUCCAAACCGGUUCCAGACCAGCAGGCCGGGCGGUUCCGGUGACCAUGGCGACCCGAGGCCACGUUUCCAGCUCGUUAAUGAGCAACCACACCAAAGAGCGAGUGACCAUGGCCAAGGUCACGCUUGAGAACUUCUACAGCAACCUCAUAACUCAACACGAGGAGAGGGAAAUGAGGCAGCAAAAACUGGAGAAGGUGAUGGAUGAGGAAGGACUGCCUGAUGAAGAGAAGCGCGUGCGUCGCUCGCAACAUGCGCGUAAAGAGACCGAAUUCCUCCGGCUGAAGAGAACCAGACUGGGUCUGGAUGACUUUGAGUCGCUGAAGGUGAUUGGACGAGGAGCGUUUGGAGAGGUGCGUCUGGUCCAGAAGAAGGACACGGGACACGUUUACGCCAUGAAGAUCCUGCGCAAAGCCGACAUGCUGCAAAAAGAGCAGGUGGGCCAUAUCCGGGCGGAGCGGGACAUCUUGGUUCAGGCAGACAGUCUGUGGGUGGUGAAAAUGUUCUACAGUUUUCAGGACAAACUGAAUCUUUACUUGCUCAUGGAGUUCCUGCCUGGAGGAGACAUGAUGACGCUGCUGAUGAAGAAGGACACGCUGACGGAGGAGGAGACGCAGUUCUACGUGGCCGAGACGGUUCUGGCCAUCGAUUUCAUCCAUCAACUGGGCUUCAUUCACAGAGACAUCAAACCAGACAACCUGCUGCUGGACUCCAAGGGUCACGUCAAGCUGUCUGAUUUCGGCCUGUGUACGGGACUCAAAAAGGCACAUAGGACCGAGUUUUAUCGCAACCUGAACCACAGCCAAUCAAACGACCUCACGUUUCAGCACAUGAACUCCAAGAGGAAGGCCGAGACGUGGAAGAGGAACCGGAGGCAGCUGGCCUUCUCCACGGUGGGAACGCCGGACUACAUCGCGCCGGAGGUCUUCAUGCAGACCGGAUACAACAAGCUCUGUGAUUGGUGGAGUCUGGGCGUCAUCAUGUACGAGAUGCUGAUUGGCUACCCUCCGUUCUGCUCGGAGACUCCUCAGGAGACGUAUAAGAAGGUGAUGAGCUGGAAGGAGACGCUGGUGUUUCCUCCGGAGGUGCCGAUCUCUGAGCGAGCCAAAGCGCUGAUUCUGCGUUUCUGCUGCGAGGCGGAUCAUCGCAUCGGAGCCGCCGGCGUGGACGAGAUCAAGAGGAACGGCUUCUUCGAGGGCGUCGAUUACGAUCACAUCAGAGAGAGACCUGCUGCGAUCCCCAUCGAGAUCAAGAGCAUCGACGACACGUCCAACUUCGACGAGUUUCCAGAGUCCGACAUCCUGCAGCCCACAAGUCCGGUGGUGGCGAGCAACCAUCACCCAGAGUCGGACUACAAAAACAAGGACUGGGUUUUCAUCAACUACACCUACAAACGCUUCGAGGGCCUGACGGCCAGAGGAGCCAUUCCAGCCUACAUGAAGAGCGGCAAACGAUGAAUACUGAGCUCCAACAGGUCAAAAAACACUACCAAACAAAUCAUCUCCACGUCCAGUCUUCCAAAGACAAACACUUGCUUUGUUUCCACUUUAUAUUCGUGCUUGAGGAUCAUCAAAAUCACAUUUUUAUGCUGGAAAUCUGAAA